AUGAAUUCUGGGGCUAUUGGCAAGGAUGAUGUCGAGAUUGUCGACCAGCCUACUCACAUCGAGAGUCUUCCUAAGCCUUCUCACAUUACUGAAAUUGGAACAUUUCGUGUUGUGGGAUUGACACCUGAAGAUGCAGAAUUCUUUACAAACUAUCCUGAGGAGAAAAGGAAACAGGUCUUUCACAAGGUUGAUAUACGUUUGGUCCCUAUGUUAGCAGUUUUGUAUUUGAUCAGUCACAUCGAUCGUGCCAACAUUGGCAAUGCCAAGAUUGAAGGCAUGGUUGGAGAUCUCAAAAUGACCGGGCUGCAGUACAAUACUGUUCUCUCCAUCUUCUUCAUUCCAUACGUUCUGCUCGAGGUUCCUAGCAACAUCCUUCUCAAGAAAUUCAAACGCCCUUCUGUAUACCUCGGUCUUCUCGUCCUUAGCUGGGGCAUUGUCAUGACUUGCACAGGACUGGUUCGAAACUUUGCUGGUCUCAUGACGACGAGAGUUUUGCUUGGAAUUUUUGAGGCUGGCUUUUUCCCCGGCGCUAUCUACCUCUGCUCAUACUGGUACAUGCCGAGGGAAUUGGCCCUUCGCAUUUCGUAUUUUUACUGCGCAAGUGCCCUGUCGGGCGCUUUCUCUGGUCUUCUGGCGGCUGGAAUUGCCAAGAUGGACGGCGUUGGUGGACUUGAAGGUUGGCGGUGGAUCUUUAUCCUCGAAGGUCUUGCUAGUGUGGUACUAGGUGUCGCCUGUUUCUUCUUGCUUAUCGACACCCCAGCAUUAUCCAAGCGUUGGUUGAGCGAAGAAGAAAUCCGUUAUCUGGAACUUUCAAUGUUCAUCAAGCAAGGUGGGACCAACGGUGAUGAGUCUACUGGCUUUAAAUGGAGAGACCUCACCAUGGUGCUCACCAACUGGCGGGUUUAUGUACAGGCCUACUUUUUGCUGUGCCAGUCGGCCUUGUCUUAUGGUACCAAGUUUACCCUUCCAACCAUUACCAAAGCCAUGGGCUUCAGCUCUACGAACGCCCAGCUCACCUCUGCUCCUCCUUACGUUGCCGCCGCAAUAUCAGCAAUUUGUUUCGCCCGGCUCUCUGAUCACUUCUACUGGCGUAUGCCUUUUGUGGCCAUUCCCAUGCUCAUCGUCGUGACAGCAUAUGCGAUCAUUAUGUCACUGGAUGGAGCGCUUGAAGCCAAGAAAGGAGUAGCUUACUUCGCUGUCGUUUUAGCAGUCGUGGGUAUCUAUCCUAUACAAGCUGCGGCCGCCUCUUGGAAUGCAAACAACAUUGCCCCUUCGUCACGACGAGCUAUUGGUAUUGCGCUUAUGAAUUGUGUCGGAAAUGUCGGUGGUAUUCUUGGCAGCUUCAUGUAUCUUGAGAAAGAAAGUCCCAAGUACCAGACGGGUUUCGGUCUUAGUCUGGCCCUCGGAGGGUUCGGAUUCUUCGUUGCAUUGUUCCUUGAAUGGAGCUAUAAGGUCGGGAACGCAAAGAAAGAUAAGCUUGCAGAUGAGGCGAGAGUCAAGUACACUGAGGACGAGUUGUUUGACUUGGGAGACAGGUCUCCAUUGUUCAAAUAUGUUUUAUGA